GUGAGAGAUCGAGCUGUCAAAACGUGAAAAAAUAACAUUUUCUACCUUUCCUCCUGUGCGUGUGGUGCGUGUAUCCCAGGACGGUAGCUGACAUCAGCAUUUGGAAAGGUGGAAAUUUACUGAUUUUGUAGUCGGAUUCCCCGUAAAGAUGUGCUAAACAAGUCAGGGCUAACCAUUUUGUGGGGGAGCAGUUUGAUGGAAUCGUAAUAAUCGAAAAUUGACAGCCGCAAGCUGGAAGAACUCGUAUUCUCUUCCGGGUAGUGAAGCAAGAACGAGGCUUCUAAACAGCUGAGUGCAGUCCUGGAGAAUCUGCUGGCGGUGUUCUUUAAUUGAAUCUGGUACAGGAAACCUGAAGCAUGGCACGGAUCUCUUAAACGAUGGCAUCAUCCCCCUCGUAUAUGGCUGUGAUAUGAUCUGAGCUAGAGCGUACCCACAAUUCUGCAGGAUAAGAAACGUUUCGAGUCAAAUUCUAGUUUGUAAGCACAGUGAAUGCUGAUUUCGUUGGAGGUAGAUAAGUUCGAAAGUCUGAAAAAAUGGAAGUGUCUGGGCCACCCGUUAUGAAAGUUGCAAGCUGUAGUAAACCUUUCCAAUGUUCUGAAUGUGACAAACAGUUUCGACAACUCAGCACUCUGACAAAUCACAUGAAAAUUCACACAGGCGAUAAACCUUAUAAAUGCACAAUAUGCUCGAAAGAGUUCCGCCAGACUACAACUCUAUCGAAUCAUAUAAAAAUUCACACAGGCGAAAAACCAUUUAGCUGUACGUUUUGUGGAAAACAAUUCCGGCAGCUCAGUACACUAUCGAAUCAUCUCAAAAUUCACACCGGUGAAAAACCCUACGAAUGUUCCGUAUGUGGCAAACAGUUUCGACAGUCCAGUACGCUUAAUAGUCACAUUAGGAUCCACUCGGAUGAUAAGUAUUCUGUGAAACCAUUCAAAUGCACCAUGUGCCCCAAGGAGUUCCGCCAAACUACGACCCUGUCAAACCACCUGAAAAUUCACACAGGUGAAAAGCCCUACAUUUGUACAUAUUGCAAUAAGAGUUUUAGACAGACAGGGACGCUCUCGAAUCAUAUGAAAAUCCAUACCGGUGAAAAACCCUAUGAAUGUGCAGUGUGUCGAAAACAGUUUAGGCAGUCUAGUACGUUAAAUUCUCACAUUCGAAUUCACACGGAUGACAAAAUAUGUAAAACUUCACCCUCCCCCGUGUCCAUGCCGAUGACCACCAUCACGAUGAAGCUCGAAGAUAUUAAGCCGCUCUACACGAUUAUUUAAUAAGUAUACGGAACGAGCAUACGCAAAAACAAAAGCAAAUCAAACAGUUACUGGUAAACCGAUUCCGCAUAAUGAGGUAAUCAAAACACUACAAUUGUUACCAUCUUUAGCUGCAUUGCAUUGCACUAAAUUACUUCCUUAGAGUCUGGCGUUUAUAACCAAUCAACUUUAUCAACAUUCGCGGUUCGAUUUACUUCAUUAUACCCCGCAUUUCGAUUUCGGUAGCCAAAUAAAGCGAAUAUCUACACUUAAGUUCUUUCGAGUGACGCCUUCUGGGCCACCAAACCAGGGUGCAUUCCGGUCCUAUCAGUAGCUAUGUCCACGUUUGCGUAUUUUUCCCAAUCAAUCCAGAGCUUUGCGGUCUAUAAUUUCCCAAUCAAUCACCUUGUAAUCGAAUUAAUUUGGCCCAUAGCAUCGACAUCUAAAUUAAUACAUUAGCCAACCGGCAUCGUCCUACCCGCGUGCAUUAUUAAGUUUAAUCAGGCUCACUUUCAUAUAAGGGUUAUCUAAAGUACGUGACGAUAAUGGAAAUAUUGCCAAUGCCAGGUUCCGAGGUGGUUGAGGACCAGGGUUGGACACUCAUCUCAUUUAAGGGAUUGCAGUUCGCGUUAUCAGUAAGUCUGCGAUCGAACGGGUAAUAUUACAGCGCGGCAGACGGCCGACAGCAGGAGGCAUGUCGCAUUCGGAUCAGAACUGGACCCUCUAGGUUGAAGACGAACAAAUACGAAUUUGUGGUUGGUCGGUAGGGGUGUUCAGAUUAGUUUCUCAAAGAUGGUGGAUCUUCAUGGCUGAUUGCUCAUAUUGAUAAGCAACACACAGACAAAAAGGAAAAUUCUCGUUGGACAGAGAUUCAACUCUGAUGAUAAUUGAAAUAUGAACAUCUCUAGCAGGACCCAUUGACAGUCCACUCGAAUAGUCACCAUCGAGCAUGGGAGAGUGCGAACAAAAACGGAAGAAAAGCGAAAUUGAAAAAAAAAAAAAUCUAAAGCUACGGCGAAAGGUGAUCAUCAUCCUACCGUGAUCGAACAACAAGGCGGCGCAAGGCAGAACACAUAAAAAGAUGAUAAUAAAAAUGAACGUAAGAAAUGGACAAGCAAGCAACCGUAUCUCUACAGGGCCAUAAUUAUAUGAUUAAAACUAUAUGAAUUACGGAAAAACAAAUUAUUGUAUUGUAUAUUAUUAUAUAUGAUAACAAUUACAUAAUGAAA